GCUCCGAAUUUACGAACGGACAAUCUGAUAAGGCUUUGAAUUUACGAAUGGCCAAAAAGCAACUCUGAGCGCUAUCUGGCACUCCAGACUGAAUCCAGACCGAACGCACCCAAUGUUGAGCUGUCAGUGUUGAGGCGCAUUCUCGCUUCAAGAGAAUGCGCGCCCCCGAGACUGCAGGAAAAAUGGCGGCGCUCAUGACUCUCACCCAGUUAUCGAGUGGAAACCCAGCUUACGAGGUCUACUACAGACAGGUGGAUCUGGGAAACACAGGGAAAGUAGGAGCUGCAGAUGCAGCUCAAUUCCUAAAGAAAUCAGGCCUCUCAGACAGUACCUUGGGAAAGCCCAGUGGCAGUCCGUUUGAUUGCAGUGCUCUCUUCACCUCCCACAGCUCCUGGCCCAGCCCCAAGCCUACAGAAGCCAGACAAUCCUGUUAUGCAUCCCAAGAAAAACGUGCCUGACAGACCUGCACCUCCCUAUGGACUUGAAAAUGUCAAGUUUUGAAGUGAGUCGGAGCAGCUGUCGUGGGCUAAGAGGUGAGAGCAAGCGGGAGGAACAUGAGAGGUUGAGGAGACUCCAUCUACAAGAACAGGAGGACCUGGAACUGGCCAUCACUCACAGCAAGGCUGAAAACUAAAAACCCUGUCACAGACUCACAACAACAACACAACACAUAACAGGAGGUCCUGGAACUAGCCAUUUUCCUUACCAAGGCUUACCCGCCUACUACCUGACUAAAAACUAAAAUCCCUUUAACACACUCACAACAACAACCCUGAUAGACACUCAUAAAACUCACAGCCUGACCACAAUCAUGUUACAAGCCAAAACAAUGCUACAAACUAGCAACAUACAACCCACAUACAGCUGGACUACAACCCCCGCUAGACUAGGAACAGUUCCUCUACAACCCAAAUACUACUAUCUGACAACAACCUGAAAACAGUGCAUCUACAGCCCUCACUACAGCCAGACGUCAACGCUUGUACAGCCCAAUUACAACCCUUCCUACAGCCCAACAACAACUACAACUUCACCCUGACAACAGCCUCCCACUACAGCUCUGUGAUGUUCAGAUGGCAGCCCAUCUACCUACAGAUUCAGCUUCUCAAGACCCUGAACACUACAGCAAGAAAGCAGCCUCGCUCUCACCACAGCUCUAGGAUUUACUGAUGGGACUGCAGCCCCUCUACCAAUCCAGCUCCACUGAAGCCAGACUAUAUGAAGACCGUAACCUACCAAAUCCUCUCUUUCUUCAACCCCUUUGUCAUUAUCAGCCUCAAUGGAACUCUAGUCAGCUACAUCGCAACUAUAAUCAACUACAGCGGAUCUCCACUUCAGCCCGACUUAAGCUUGACUUAACCCUGACUACAGCCUAAAUCCAGAGUGUUUGAACUCUGACUUGGCUACGGCCAGUGGUCAUUCUGACUAGUAGACCCCAUAGUUCUUAGAUGGGGAGACAGGAUGCUGGACUUUGCUUCGGUUUGUUGUGAGGAAAAAUCUAAAAUUGUAACAUUUUAAUUUAAUUUGUAUUAUUUAAAUCGGGGAAAAUCGUGCAUCUGUGGUUUAUGAAGUAUCUGUAAAUGCACUGUUAUAACUGUAUUAUAAACUAUAUCAUAUACCCUUUAAGUGCUUAAGAACAUUAAUAUUGAAAGUAUAAACGUACCCUACUCUUUGUCAGCAAGCGUGUUUGGGUUCCUUAUUUCUGGUGCAAAUCUGGUUUUGGUGAAAAAAUGACCACCUUUUAGAUUAUGGAAUGAAACAUUUUGUUUAUUUGUUAAUCUUGGUGUUUUCUACUUCAUUGCCGUACAUCCUUUUAUUGGACCAGAAAAAUGACAAGGUCAAAACCCACCUCAUCUGACUUGAAGGAUAAGGGUGGCGGCCUUUCACCAGAGCUUCAAGAACAUUUAGAGUGAUUUGGAUUUCCUUUUUGAUUUCUUCAUGCUAAACUCUUAUGCCUUUAGUAGGCUGAGUGAAGUGUUUAUUUGGUUCAUCUGUUGUGGAGGAUGUAUUCAACUAGUAGGGCAUUAGGACUGUUUUGGUUUUCCUACAGUAUACUCUUAUUUAAGCUAUGCAAGUUUAUUAGUACAGCAUAGCUUUAACCUGUAAUUACUUUUAAUUAUAUAUUUUUUAAUUGAAGGAAUGCAACAUUUGUAUUAUUAUCAAUAUCAUGGCAAAGUGUCAUCAAACUACCAGAAGAAUAGCUGACCAGCAAAUAGCGAUGGCAUCCGUUUUCUUUUUUUUCUUUAAUGUUGUAUGAAGGGAAAUGAGUCUUCCCAAACCAUCAAAUUCAUAUGGAUAUCUGUUACAUCAUCAUGGUGUAGUUCUUUGCAGACCGACACCACAUACAACGUUCAUGUCUUCCCUUCACUUUGCUUUACCAUGCAAUAGCCUUACAUUUGCAGCUGGAUUGUAUUGAGUAGGCACCAAACAGAAGAAAACAGACUGAAACAGGGAGGCUUACCCAAUAAGAAACGAUCAAUUUUGUUUUCCGUUGCAAAACAUUUAGCUAAUUUGUGCAGUAUUGAAUUUGACACUGGUCACAGUUCGAUUAAUCCUGCCUUGCAACACUCAUAAUCCUGCCUUGCAACACUCACUCUAUGAGUGAGGGCCACAGGGUUCAAUUCUUGUACCGACUCUCUUCUCUGUAUACAUCAAUGAUGUCGCUCUUGCUGCUGGUGAGUCUCUGAUC